ACGAAAAACAUAAAAACCCGCUGAUUCAGAACUCUCGUCUCUCACGUCUCCCAAAUCCCAUCUCUUCCGCCUCUCCUCCGGUCGUUCCGCCACCUGUCACGGCGGCGGAGCCACCGCAGCCGAGCUCACCGGCGGCGACCCACCGGCCCACUGCUACUCCGGCGUUACCUCAAGUAUCAAUUGGAUAAUGGAGUUCGAGGACGGGUAUUCGGCGCAGAAGCUGUUCCAUCAGGGUUACUCCUACACAUAUGAUGAUGUCAUCUUCCUCCCGGGCUAUAUAGGAUUCCCGGUGGAGAAGGUUGACCUCUCCACUAAGCUCACCCGCAACAUCUCGCUCAACAUCCCAUGUGUCUCCUCACCGAUGGACACUGUCACGGAAUCGUCCAUGGCCCGAGCCAUGGCAGCUCUUGGGGGCAUCGGCAUCAUUCACGCCAAUAUCCCUCCCUCCGACCAAGCCUCCGUAAUCAAGGCGGCCAAAUCCUCCUGCUUGCCGGUCCUCUCCAAUCCUGUCUUUCGAUCCCCAUCCGAUUCCAUCAUCUCCCUUGAGGAUUUCGCUGACACUCCUUGCAUCCUGGUCACAGACUCCGGUGAUUGCCGUGGAAAGUUGGUGGGCUAUGUGGCCAAGUCUGAUUGGAUGAACCUCGCAGACAAGGAAACACGGCUGGUUGAUUGCAUGGUCAAGUCCUCUGAUUUUGCCCCUUGGGAUUGUGAUUUGGCAAAAAUGAUCUCCUACUUUGAGGAGAAGGCAGGGAAGGAAUUUACGCCGAUAGUGAAGGGAGGCGAGAUAGUAGAUGUCGCACGGAGAGAGGAUGUGGAGAUGUUGAGAGGCUACCCCAGAUUGGUGGGAGGGGGUUCAGUGGAUCCCAAUGGAGAGUGGAUGGUGGGAGCAGCAAUCGGGACGAGAGAAGCCGAUAAGGAGAGGCUGCAGCAUCUCGUCAAGGCUGGUGUCAAUGUGGUGGUGCUCGACAGUUCUCAGGGAAAUUCCCUUUAUCAGAUUGAUAUGAUCAAGUAUGUGAAGAAAACAUACCCUGAGUUGGAUGUCAUUGGUGGCAACGUGGUCACAAUGUACCAGGCAGAUAAUUUGAUCAAGGCUGGGGUUGAUGGUUUGAGGGUUGGCAUGGGGUCUGGUUCUAUUUGUACCACCCAGGAGGUCUGCGCCGUUGGACGUGGGCAGGCUACUGCUGUCUAUAAGGUUUCAUCCCUUGCUUCUCAAUGUGGUGUGCCAGUCAUUGCUGAUGGUGGCAUUUCAAACUCUGGCCACAUUGUCAAAGCUUUGUCCCUCGGGGCAUCCACUGUGAUGAUGGGAAGCUUCCUAGCUGGAAGUACUGAGGCUCCUGGUGCUUAUGUGGUUCAGGAUGGUCGCCGAUUGAAAAAGUACCGAGGCAUGGGUUCACUUGAGGCUAUGACUAAAGGGAGUGAUGCAAGAUACUUGGGUGACACAUCCAAACUAAAGAUUGCACAGGGUGUUGUAGGCGCAGUUGCAGAUAAAGGGUCUGUCUUGAAGUUUGUCCCUUAUACAAUGCAAGCUGUUAAGCAAGGUUUCCAAGAUCUUGGAGCUCAGUCUUUAAGAGAAGCUCAUGACAUGAUAAAAACAACGCUGAGGCUAGAGGUAAGAACAGGAGCUGCACAAAUUGAAGGCGGAGUCCACGGGCUGGUUUCCUUCGAAAAGAAACCGUUCUGAGAUCCUCUUCCUGUUAGAAGUUGAUCUUGCCUGGUUAAGCAACAUCAAAUUGAAUGAGCCGGCAAUUGAAGGAGCCAUCCAUUGUGUUAUUGGCAUUGAAUGAGGAAGAACUGCUAGGGAUUAGGUCAUGCUGGCCAGAGCUCUCUUCUCUUUCGUCGGAACUUAUCUCAGAGCUUGUUUUUUUGGCCCUCGCUUGUCUUAAGGUAACAUGGCGAAUUAUAUCAAAGCUAUUUGUAGGUGAUUCUAGAUGAGGAUAGGCAGAGGGAUCGAAGCGGCGCAGAGCCGGGGAAGGUUUUUACUAUUUAAAGGUUUUGCUGUUAACUCGAUCAAGAUCUGUACCAUUCAAAUUGUAUUUUAUCACUGCA